UCGCCGCUGCAACACCCUCGAUUACACACCGAUUUGAUCCUAAUACCAAGCCUUAUAGCCGUCAGAUGUGUAAUUUGCGAGCGCUUCGCACCAAAUGAUGGAACUAUGUAGUAACAAAUAUUCUAUUUUGAUUCUCGAACGAAUCCCAACAAGCGUUCAAUUUACCGUUUUUACCAAAACCAUGGUUAUAAAUGUUGUAAUAUUGUUAAUAUUAAUAAACUCCUUCUAUGGAAUGAGCCAAGACUUUUACGUACUUCUCAGGCCACUUCAGCUUUACCCUGAUAAUGAUUAAAUAAACAUUCAGAUAUCAAGCCCGCAGUUUUAAAACAAAAUAAAAAUGUCUCAUUGUAGUCACAGCCAAUCCUAUAGACAUCAUAAUGUCUGCUUAUGAUGAUAAUAAUUGUUAUAAUCAUCGUGACGGCUGUUAUCCAUCACAGUUGUACAGAUAAUGUUUUUCUCAGCCUAUCGCUAUGCUAACAAAACGGACGCAUUUAAGAUAAUGACCCCACCGAAACGAACAUUAUUUUGAGCAUCAGAUUCAGUGUGAUCCCAACGCGAAACUCAAACGCACCGAGUAGUAACGACCUGAAGCUCUAUAACUGAAUACCCGAUAUUAUUUUCCAGCCAGUCACACCAAGAUGCGAUCUCCACGUGAUCUCUUCACGUUCUAUGAUCCCUCCACCAAGAUAUGGCGUGGUGCCAACACUCAACCCCUUUUCAACCCAAACCAAUCGCUAGGUGCUUUAAUCCUAACCACCUUGACUCGCAAUCCCGCACAGGUAGUCCAAAUCUGCGCAGAUACUGGCGUUCGGGUGACCGGCAAAGAGAUGCUGGUUCGAACGAUCCGCGUAGCACAGAACCUAACACGGAUGGGUUAUGCUCAGGAGAACAUCUUCUCCAUGGCUGUCCGGAACGAGGAAAAUGUUGCCCCAGUGAUGUUUGCUUGCCUUGCGUUGGGGAUUCCAGUCAACACCCUGGAUGCUUCCUGUAAACGAGAUGAUCUGAGUCAUAUGCUCGAUACUACGCGAUCGCCGGUGGUUUUCUGUGAUCAGGACACAUGGCCGGAAAUGAAAGCUGCACUGGAGAUGAUUAACCUCCAGCCGAAGGUAUUCAUUUUUGGUGACAAGGGCAUUGAGGGUUACAGUCACGUGGACGAACUGCUAGUGCCGACUGGCAAUGAGGAUAAGUUUGUGCCAAAGCACAUUGAGGACGCGGCUUCCAGAAUUGCUGUUAUCGUAUGUUCCUCUGGCACAACUGGACGAUCCAAGGGUGUAUGCCUGUCACAUUCCGCUAUUAUCGCCAAUGUCAUCAGUUUAUUAGAAAUUUCUUCGAUGGAUAACAUGCUUAGCUUUAGCUCCCUCUACUGGCUAUCUGGGUUACUUUUCCUUCUAGCUGGGACCGCCGCCGGCGCGACACGGGUCAUCACACGGCACGUUUUCGAGCCAGCACUAGCACUAGAAAUCAUCGAAAAAUUCCGAAUAACGGUGGCAUUCUUCCCGCCGGCUACGGCCUUGGAGCUGUUGAAACAUCCACGGGCUCAACAAACUGAUUUCUCCAGUAUGCGAUUGCUUUUCAGCGGAGGAUCUGCCGUGUCCGCAGAACUUAAAUACGCACUGGAUAAGCUGGUGCCACAUUCCAGUUGUCUGGUAGGGUACGGUUUGUCUGAAUUGGGAGGUGCUGCGACAUUCAGCGAUGCCGAUACAUACAAAGGUGGCUCCACUGGAUACCUUAGACCUCUGGUACAAGCGAAGAUAGUCGAUACAAAUGGAAAAGCGUUGGACAUUGGGCAAGAAGGAGAGAUCUUGGUGAAAGCCGAUUAUCAAUUUUUAAGAUACUAUGGGAACGACGAGGCUACGAACGAAAUUUUGGACGAAGAAGGGUGGCUGCACUCGGGAGAUAUUGGACGGAUCGAUGAAAACGGUUUACUGUAUGUGGUCGAUCGUAUUAAAGACAUCAUAAAGUACGGCAACUAUCAGAUUUCUCCCAGCGAGCUGGAAGGAGUCAUCCAGACGAUUCCGGGGGUGUUGAACGUUUGCGUUGCUGGAAUACCGGUAACGGGGAACGAUCUACCGGCUGCCCUUAUUGUUCGAAAUACCGGAAAGGAUGUCGAGACGAAGGAAAUCCAUAGUUUGGUAGAACGUAGUCUGGGCACAUAUAAACAACUUCGAGGAGGUGUGUAUUUUACGAAAGAGCUUCCGAUGACGCCAUCAGGGAAGGUUCAGCGAAGGCAAUGCCGAGAUAUUUUAAUCGAAUUGUAUAAUAAAAACAAUGGUGGAAAUGCUUUGUCAAAACUUAGUGUUGCUUAAAUAUGAGGUUAUAGGAGUCAUAAGGUUACAACGAUGUCUGGCAAUAGUAUAACAAUAAAACAAAUAAAAAAUUGA